GUGGUUCUUGAGAGCUUACAAAUCAGUUGAUGGAUUUAAUCCAAAAGCUAGCCCACUGGGAACUUCAGCACCUUGAAGUUUAUCCCAGUUUAUCCACUGAGAGAGGUAAAUCACAAGAACAUCUGGAACAAAGUAUUUUUUUUAAUUUAAUAGGAAAAUUAAUGGUUGCCUUUUAUUGUUAUUUUUGGAACCAAAAGUUCUCCUUAGCAAUGAUUGCUGUAAGAAGUGUUCUUUCAGAGAAGCACAAAUAAUUGCUUUUUUUUGAUGUGUUGCCAUCUCCUACUGAGCUGAGGUACUAGUGAUCAGUGUCUUUCAACACAACAGACUGUAAGCUAUUCUAAAUAAACAUCCAUCUUUCUGAGUUCAUUCCUUUAGCUUUCUGUUUGCAGCAUAUGAAGUGUUACUGAGAUUUAUUUUAGCCAGAGCCAUCCCUGGACAAGGCAAAGUAGCAAAACAAGUUACCCACUAUACAAGCAGAACACCAGCUCCAGCAUAGAUGCCUUCUUGAAGGGCAGCUUGUCCUCAGUCCUCCUGGGACAGAGGAUGCCAAGGACAAUCCCUGGUUUGAGUAUCCCUGUGGAGCACAGAUGAGGUGCCAGACCCUCGGGGAGGUAUAUUUUUGUGCAAGUUGCCUGUCAGAGCAGGGAACAGGACAAUGAUUUAGCAGAGCCAUAGAGCACUACAGCUGAGCUGGGACACAGCCAUAAUCCCCGAGCAGCUACCCCCACUUAGAGCUGAGCUGUAGCUCUGCUGGCAGAUAGCUUGGGAGCAGAGAAAGCCAGCUGGCUACAUAUGGCAGAUAAAUGGGAUCUCACAGGGGUUUUUUUUUGUGGCUGGAGUGGCAUGUAAAGAGUAUGCAGAAAGCAGGCUGGUGCUGUAUGUUUCCACUGGCAUGACUGUUCUACACAAAGGGACUGGGCUAACAUCAUCAGAUGCAAGCUGGUGUUGCAUGGUAGGCAAGUAGAGAGGUUACUUAAGUGCAUUUUGAGAAGUGACUUCAGAGGUUCUGCACAGUGCAGGUGAGAAGCCCCACACCUGUUGUGGUGGUGAAAGGAAUGGAAUGGCACCAGUCUGACUCUUUGUCCUUGUGGCUGCCAGGGGAGCAAGUCUUUGCAGGACUGGAGGAACAAGCCCGCCAAGCCAUGAUGAAGAACAACUUUUCUGGAGCUCUUGGGGACCAAAGGCCAGCCAUUCAUCCACUGCAAGACCCUGACUCCAGCAGCAGUAGCAGUGAUGAGGAAGAAACCACACAGGAUGAAGUUUCUUCCCAUACAUCUGAAGAGGAUGGCUCAAUGGUGAAAGUGAAGAAAGAACUGGAGAAUGCAGAACAACCUGUGGCUGAAACCCCAGUGAUGAGGAAAAAUGAGGUGCCUGAGAGUUUGAAUGCUGACUCUAUGUUGGGGCUUUCACAGUGCCCUCUCUGCCAGCUGGAGUGUGGAAGCAGAGAGCAGCUCAUUGCUCAUGUAUACCAGCACACAGCAGCUGUGGUGAGUGCCAAGAGCUACAUGUGUCCUGUGUGUGGCAGAGCCCUGAGCUCACCGGGAUCCCUUGGGCGACAUCUCCUGAUCCACUCAGAGGACCAGCUGUCAAACUGUGCAGUGUGUGGAGCACGCUUCACCAGCCAUGCCACAUUCAACAGUGAGAAGCUGCCAGAGGUGCUCAGUGCAGAUCGCCUGCCAGCACCACAGAGCGAGGGCUCCUCCAGUGUUGAGGGGAAAGACAUUACCUUCCACCCGCCCGUGUACCCUGCGGGCAUCCUCCUAGUGUGCAACAACUGUGCUGCGUAUCGUAAGCUGCUGGAGGCACAGGCGCCUGGCAUGCGAAAGUGGGCGCUGCGCCGGCAGAACGAGCCCUUGGAGGUGCGGCUGCAGCGCCUAGAGCGGGAACGCACAGCCAAGAAGAGCCGGCGCGACAAUGAGACCCCUGAGGAGCGGGAAGUUCGGCGCAUGCGGGAUCGAGAAGCCAAGCGCCUGCAGCGCAUGCAGGAGACAGACGAGCAGCGGGCGCGGCGCCUGCAGAGAGACCGUGAGGCCAUGAGGCUGAAACGCGCGAACGAGACCCCGGAGAAGCGACAGGCACGGCUCAUCCGGGAGCGAGAGGCCAAGAGGCUCAAGCGUCGCCUGGAGAAAAUGGACAUGAUGCUCCGGGCACAGUUUGGCCAGGACCCCUCUGCCAUGGCUGCCUUGGCAGCUGAAAUGAACUUUUUCCAGCUGCCAGUGAGCAAUGUGGAACUGGAGAGCCAGCUGCUGGGCAAAAUGACUUUUGAGGAGCAGAGCAACACCACGCUGCAUUAAGCUGCAGCCAAGGACUGUGCUACCACUGCUGCACCUGCCGUGGAUACACUAGCAGGAUUUGGCACUCAGGAGGCUGCUGUGGGUUAACUCUCCCUGACAGAUGGUUCUGGUUUUCUCCUGAACAUGGCAGGAGAACGGAGCUGUCUGCCACAGCAGGCCUGGUGGGAGCAGAUUCUGAGGAUGCAGUCUGCUCUAGGGGCCAAGUUACAGCCUGUGAGCAGGGGAAAAUAAAUUAAUGUUCACGUUUAUUUAGUGCCUUUCUUUACCUUUUGUGCUUUGUUCUGU